AUGCAUACAUUCAUUAUAAAUCUAUUUAUAUUAUUUUUAACUAUUUUAAAUUUUAUCGAACUUCGACCUAUAUCAAAAUUUGAACAAAAUCUUAUUCGACAACGACGACAAAAUCAAACUGAUAUUCUUUCCUAUCCAUAUGAUUCAACAAUUAUUAAUCAAGAUAUUAUCAAUGAUAUAUGGAAUUAUAUACAACCUAUAUUCAAUGAUCAUAUCAAUUCUCAUUUCAAUCAAUCAUCAAAAUCAGAAUGUAAACGAAUAACAAAUAAUAAAUAUAUUAUUAAUCAAGGUGAUUUCAUUGAAUAUUGUCUUGAAAAAAUUCUUAAUCAAGAUGGUAAAUCAUAUUCAAUGAAAACAACUGCUAUAUUGUAUAAAAUUGAUGGUACACAAAUACCACUUCAUCUAGCUGAGAGUAAUAUUGAAAUUGAAACAUAUAAUCAUCAUAAUUAA